AUGGCAGCCGUAGCAGUCCAGUCUGCAAGCUCCUCCCGGACCCAUCCGCCAAUCACCAUUCUCAAGCGGACGCGGGAGGAUUUACCGCUUUCGCAGACCAAAUUCCUCAAGAAGACCGCUAGGGGCAAGGUACUCACGUUCCUUCGAGAGCGAUAUGUCAGAGACGACAUCCCAUGCGGAUUCGAGUCAUGUCGCCACUGCGAUGCCUUCCCCGGUCAUCGGCCUGUAUUGCCUGAUGUAGGGUACAGGGCGCACAUGAAAUACACUGGCAAGGAGGGUCACUACUUGGUGAUCGAUACCAACAUCGUGCUCCAUCAAAUGGAUCUGCUGGCUGCUUUGCCAAAGACCUUGCCUUUGAUCGUACCUUCGACGACCAUCCGGGAGACGAGACAUCGGUCCCUGCCGCUUUACAACAGACUGCAGGAGCUGGUCAAGGAUGAAGAUCGGAUAGUCUGGGUAUGGUGGAAUGAGGAACGGAGGGAGACGGCUACGGUCGAGGAACAGGGGGAGAGCAUCAACGAUAGAAAUGAUCGAGCCAUCCGAAACACCCUCAUCUUUUACGCCGCCCACCUCACGAUCUCAGCCAGCAAGCCGCCCCAGCUGAUCAUGCUUUCGGACGACAAGGGAAACAGGGCGCUGGCGGAGGCGGAAGGCUUGUUGGCGGUGUCAGCUAGGGAAUAUGUGGAUGGUCUGGUCCCGACCGAGAGGGAGAAGCUCGUGGACCUGGUCGUCGGUGGUGUGGAUGCACUUGGGGACGGAGAGCGAAGGGGCCGGAGAAUCUACGACGAGUAUCUCUCACAGGAUGACCUGAACGCCGGUGUCAAAUCUGGCCGUCUCCACCAAGGCCACUUCAACGCCUCCCAGUACAACUACCUCGAGGGUACCGUGCGUGUCAUGUCACUGGACAAGCCCGUCCUCCUCGUUGGCCGAGAAGCCAUGAACCGAUCUGUCGACGGAGACGUCGUGGUGGUGGAGAUCUUCCCCAAGUCGGAAUGGAAAGCCCCAGGCUCGGAAGUUCUUGAUCAAGACCUCGCGCUCAAGGACGACGAUGCAGAUGACGACGAAGAUGCAGGGGUCACGGAAGAGGAGAAGCGGGCAGCAGCUAGAGAGAAGGUGGAAGCGGAGGAGGCGGCGAAGCGGAAGCCUCGGGAUGUUUUGCCGACUGGGAAGGUCGUCGGCGUUAUCAAGCGAAACUGGCGCGCAUAUGUCUGCCACGUCGACCGGUCUUCCCUCUCCGCUGCGGCCCUCACCUCCCUUUCCCAGCAAACCAUCUUCGCCACUCCCCUCUCUCGCUCGCUCCCCCGUAUCCGGCUUCGUACUCGUCAAGCCCCAUCACUCAUCGACCAAAAGAUCCUCGUUACUAUCGACCAGUGGCUCCCGUCAUCUCGAUACCCCGACGGACACUUUGUCCGCGCGCUUGGCAAGGUAGAGAGCAAAGAGGCGGAACAGGAGAGUCUGUUGUUGGAGUACGAGGUGCCAUAUAGGCCGUUUGGGAAGGCUAUUCUGGACUGUCUGCCGAAGGAGGGAGACAGCUGGGUCGUGCCGCCCAAGAAGGAGGGUGAUGUGGUAUGGAGAGAUCGGGAGGAUCUGAGGGAUCUGGUGAUUUGCAGUAUUGAUCCGCCAGGGUGUCAAGAUAUCGAUGAUGCGCUGCACGCUCGACCGCUGCCCAACGGCAAUAUCGAAGCGGGUGUCCACAUCGCCGAUGUCUCCCACUUUGUCCACUCUGCGAACCCGAUGGACUCGGAAGCUGCAUCUCGAGGUACCACUGUGUACCUCGUGGAUAAGCGUAUCGAUAUGUUGCCCGCUCUGCUGGGCACCAACCUCUGCAGUCUUCGACCCUUUGUUGAGCGGCUAGCAUUCUCCGUCAUUUGGGAAUUGACGCCUACCGGGGAGAUUGUCAAUGAGCGAUUCGUUAAGUCUGUCAUCGCUUCAAAGGAGGCCUUCACGUACGAGGCUGCCCAGGUCCGCAAAGAUGACAAAUCCCUCAACGAUCCCCUGACAAUGGGUAUCCGUCUCCUUAACACACUUGCUAUCGCGCUCAAGAAGAACCGGAUCAAGGCUGGAGCCCUCUCGCUCUCGUCGCCUGAGUUAAAGAUCCACCUCGACAGCUCGGAAUCCGCCGAGCCAAUCGACGUCGAGCAGAAACAGCCGCGCGAGACCAACAGUCUAGUUGAGGAGUUCAUGCUGCUUGCGAACAUUAGUGUGGCCCGGAAGAUCCAGGACAGCUUCCCUGGUACUGCUGUACUCAGACGCCACGCUCCACCGCCCAAGACCAAUUUUGACGGCUUGAACGACCUGCUCCUGAAGCGCAAGGGCGUGCAGCUGGACGUCUCGUCCAAUGGCGCUCUGGCCAAGUCGCUGGAUGAAUGCGUCGACCCCGCGAACCCCGACUUCAACACUUUGGUCAGGAUCAUGGCGACUCGGUGCAUGCUUUCAGCCGAGUACUUCUGCUCUGGAAGUGUCAGCAAAGAUGGUUAUGGGCACUAUGGUCUGGCUAGUCCAAUCUAUACCCAUUUUACAUCGCCAAUCAGACGGUACGCCGACGUUCUCGCUCACCGGCAACUCUCCGCGGCGAUCGGCUACUCUCCUCUUCAUCCCACCCUCCAGUCCAAGCAGCACGUCGACAAGACUCUGAGCGUGGUCAAUAAGCGGCACAGGCUUGCCCAGAUGGCCGGACGCGCCAGUGUCGAGUUUUAUGUCGGUCUUGCGCUCAAGGCGCGAGGCGCAAAGGUCGUGGCGAGCGGCAAGAAACGUGGGAUCAUGGAGGAGGCAUUUGUCAUCAGGGUGUUCAAGAACGGUAUGGCGGUCUUCAUAUCCAAGCUUGGUCUUGAAGGUCUGAUUACCUUUACCAAAUCGACGCAUACGUUCGACGAGGAGAACUACUCGCUUUCGCUCCCGAAACCUGAGGGCGGAAACGUGGACGUGUCGGUGUUCGACAAGGUGAUGGUUGGGGUGACGAUUGAGAAGGACAAGAACACGCAACGGGGGAAGGUGGUCAUGCGUCUUGUGGGACCUGUAGAUUCGGACGAUCUGUAG